UUUUGUAGGUUUGGAUCUACCAGCUGUAUAAUCCGUUUGUCAGCACCUCUAAAAGAGCAGUUUGCAUUGGAAAAUGGAAUGGAUUUUACUGAGCUGCUUUCUUCCUCCGAAUACAAAGAAAGUUGUAGAUCCAAAAUGAUACUUUGGGGAGAAGAGAAGAGAAAUGAAAACCCUUCAAUCUUCUGUGAACUGGCAACCAAAGACAAGCAUGACACACCAGUUUGGAUCGUUAGUGAUGCAAGGAGAAAGACUGACAUACUUUACUUCCGAAAGAAGUACCCAGAUGUUGUAAAGACUGUAAGAAUCACAGCUGAUAUGGAUGUAAGACAAAGCAGAGGUUUCAGUUUUGUCAAAGGUGUAGAUGAUGCAGAAUCAGAGUGUGGACUUGAUGACAUUCGGGACUGGGAUUUUACAAUCACAAAUAACGGGGGAACAGAUGAGCUAAACAGUCAGCUUGAUGCAAUCAUCAAAUUUGGUUUGGACUUUUUCCAUUGCUGACAAGGCUGGAGACUUUAAAGGUACCCGAUUCUCCACCUUUAGCCAGAACUUGUCUGUGAUGUAUUGCACCCUUCGACAGCAUUUUUGCCCAUACAGAUCUUCGCUUACGAACUCACUAGGUGGGGCUUCUACAAGCUGAGUCUUAAGGGUCGGCAGCAUUGCAGGAGUAAUUGCUUGCGGAUCAUUGGCAUCUGAAGGCACUGGUAGUGAUGGGUCGGUAAUUCACAAUUGUGCAUUUAAAAAAGAACUAACAAAACCUGAAACAGUGCUUAAACAUUAG